AUGAACGGCCAGCUGGACCUGAGCGGGAAGCUGAUCAUCAAAGCCCAGUUGGGCGACGACAUCAGACGCAUCCCGAUCCAUAACGAAGACAUUACUUAUGAUGAGCUAGUGCUGAUGAUGCAGCGAGUCUUCAGGGGGAAGCUGCAGAGUAACGACGAGGUUGCCAUCAAAUACAAGGAUGAAGAUGAUGACCUCAUUACCAUCUUUGACAGCUCUGACCUCUCCUUCGCCAUCCAGUGCAGUAGAAUACUCAAACUGACUUUGUUUGUGAAUGGUCAGCCGCGGCCUUUGGAGUCUAGUCAGGUGAAGUACCUGCGCAGGGAGCUCAUUGAGCUCAGGAAUAAAGUCAACAACCUCCUGGAUAGCCUGGAGCCCCCCACAGAGCCUGGUCUGGCUGCUACAGCACUGGACAGUGACUCAGUGGAUGGACGUGACGGCAGGAUGCUGGCAGCAGACACCACAGUGAAGCAUGUCACUCCAGUCAGCGCAGCCAGCAUGUCGGCGUUCGACCCCUUAAAAAACCAGGACGAGGUCAGCAAGAAUGUCAUCUCUGCUUUUGGCCUGAGCGAGGACCAGGCCCCAGCUCCUCCAGCGGUUGCACCAGAGGAGCGCUCAGGAACCCCUGACAGUAUUGCUUCCUCCUCAUCUGCAGCCCCUCAGCCAGUGGUGCCCCCCCAACCACAGGCUCCCUAUGCUGGAGUGCAGCAGGGGACCCCAGCUGCCAUGGAUGGUCAGGUGUACCAGCAGUACCAGGCUCCAGGUGGAUACCCGCCUCAGCAACCAGGUGCCCCACCUCAGCAGCAGCAGCAGCAGCCGUACGGUAUGCAGUACUCUGGAUACAGCACUCAGCCCGGAGCCCCUCAGCCUGGCCCACCACAGCCGCAGCAGCAGUUUCAGAACUACGCUGCUCCCGCCUCCCAGGCUCCAGUCUCCGGUCCAGCUCCAGCUCCGGGCUUCCAGAGUGGCCAGCAGCAGCAGCAGCAGCAGCAGCAGCAGCAGCAGCAGCAGCAGCAGCAGCCCCAGCCCCAUCCAUCUCAGGGAGCCCAGCAGUAUCCACCAGGAGCCUUCCCUCCCCAAAACUAUACCUCCCAGGCCACCCAGCCUGCCAACUACAGCAUCCCGCCCGGCUCCCAGCCCGCCUCAGGAUACCCAGCCCGCCCAGGAUACACCCCGCCCCCAGGCAACACUGUCACCCCUCCACCAGGAGCUGCUAACCCGUAUGCCCGCAACCGCCCCCCUUACGGCCAGGGCUACACUCAGCCAGGCCCUGGGUACCGGUAAAAGAGGAUAGCGGGUGUUACUGAUCCACACAGCCUCCCCCCCCCCCGCCCCCCUAACCCCUCCCCUAUGUGUGGCUCCAACUGUUUUGAGUGGGUGCAGGAAACAUGGUUCACGGCUCUGCAUCCAUCCCCCCUCACUGUCCCAUACAAAUAUCAAGUCCAAAUAUAAAACAAGACCCCCCACACUCCCCAGUCUGAUGGUCAGUGUCUGUAUGCUGACUCUCCAGCACACUGCUCUGGCCCUGGUGUAUGGUCCUUGUGUUAUUUCCCCCUCUUUUCCCGUCACCCACCACUACUGUCUGCUCUUCCCUCUUGUAUCUGUAAAAAUGUAAUCCGUCUGUAUGCACACAUCCGGGAGACCAAAACAGGCUGUCGCACAAACAGUUUGUUCUUGUCGCGGUAGCUCUUCAUAAGCGACUGAGAUCAGCGUCCACGCUCUGCAUUCGCGUCGCACAUGUCGACGACAAACAUCUCAACCGGUUGUGUCGAGAUGCACUCAUAAGACACUAUCUAAAUGAAAAGUUGCCCUUUUUGUCGUUUGUUUUUUGUCAGUUUGAUUUGUUGUUUCUUCUUGAUUUGAUCAAUUUCACCACCAUGUCGGUAUUGAUGAUGUGUCAAUGAAACUGCCCCAUGUUGGGAACACUAGCUAAGUGAUGGCUUAUGGGAGGUGUUGAUCCCAGAGUCAUGAAGAAGGCUUCUUUUGUUUAGCUAAUUAUAUCAUCUCCAGUAAAGCUUGCUAUUCCUCUCUUUAUCUUAUCACUGGUUUUUAUUAAUAAAUCAAAUUCCACCCUCGAGUGAGAUUAGUUGUUUAUGUAUAAACUGUAACAUUUUUUUCUUGAACCUAAUAAAUGAUUGAGACCCA